AUACCUUCCAGGUAUAUCUGCCUACAUUUUGCCUUUCCAUUGCCCAGAGAUCCCUUAUUCACCUGCAGAGUUACUUUCAGUGACGAACUAUGCAAAGAUAAUAGUGAAGAGUCUUACAUAAUUAUUUGGGGAAAAAGUGUGCACUAAGAAAAGCUCAUUGUUUUAAGUCAAGGUAUAUGUGUAAAUUGAACCAAGUUACUUCUGUUGACUCUUACAAAAUUCUUACUUUUCCCACUCAAAAUGAAAGCAACUGUAUUUUUAACUUUAUUUUUUGUGUUUUUGUGUUAUGUAAGGCGAUUUGGACCCUUUAGAAAAGACAUUUAGAUUUGUUCAUAUUAUAUGCUAACUUUUUUCAGCUGGUCAUCACUGAAUCACUUAGAAUAUAUCUGAUAGUUCACUGGUUAUAAAGGUACAUGACUUCUGCUAAUCCAUUAUUGUCUACUAUACCUGGCAAUGUUCUUAUGGCUCCAAGAGAGUUUUUCCACAUUAUCUACUACUUGGAAAAAGCAGACACUGAAAAGUUUGAGAGACUUUCGCAUACAAAGCUAUACUCUGUCAUGAACCACAACCCUUUUACUAAGCAUUCUUUCUUUAUAAGCAACUCUCUUCGAAAUCAUGUCAUUAUUUUGUCAUUUUUAAACAGUGGGUGCAGCAAAGGAGAGGAAUAUGAGGAACCGAGGUAGUAAAGUAUUAGUUGAUGGUGAUAAGUGUGAUUUUUGGGUGUGCAUGUGAGAUUUUUUUUUCAUGGUGAAAUACAAUACUGCUAUCUCCAGUUUUCCCUAUCAAAGUAGCAGGAAAUUGCAAGGAAGAUUAUGCCAUCACUUUAUGCAGAGUUAGGCAGAAAAUCAUCUCCUAGACUUAACAAUAAGCUUUGUAGAUAGCAGAAACAGUAAGGAAGCAAUUCUUAGCAUAUGUCCAAGAUUGCUUCAUACUGAACUUCUAAUGAAAAUCUGAUACUCUUACUGGACCAGCCUCUUCCAGUUAGCAAUUGGCUUAAGGUCUAAUCAGUUUCAGGGAGCCAUCCAGAAGGAGGGUUCUAAUCAACUAAUUAAGGUCACAGUUGAGCUUGUUAACUUAUGGUUAGGAAGGGCUAAGCUGGGAAGACAACACGAGAAGAGAAGUCUCUGUGCUGUGCGAGGCAGAAAAAUGGGAAAGGGAUAGGAUACUGUGUGGGAGAACUUUAUCUGAAUGAAAUUGUAGCAACCAGCGGCCUUCUCAGCAUCUCUACGUAUCUUAUCUCUACACACAUGGUUUACUUGGUAACGGUGUUGCUCUGUGACCAUUUUGCCAGAAUCAAUUGAAGUCAUUAAAUGAUACUAUAUUAAUAUUAGAACUGGCUUAAUUACAAGUGUUUUCUCAGUUUAUAUUUUUGGAUAAUCUUAAUAUUGUCAUGCAAUAUUUUGCCCAGUUUAAGAGUGUGUCUAUUCUGCAAUUUCAACAGUUUAAGAUAACUAAGGUGGCUUAAAUGAAAUUGACCUAAAUAUGUUUUCUAAGACUGUCUUAUUUUUCUUUCCCUUUGUCCUAGUAAAGAUCCAUGUAACAGGUCACUUACUGAUAGUAGUAAGUAAUACAGAUUGGAAAAAAGAUUUUAGAAAUGGCUUCUCUUGAAGAAUUUGCAUAAAUGAAAAAACAUUUUCUGCUUGAUUGAUAAGAUAGUUUGUAUGAGUUCCGGAGAAGAUGGCUUAUGUUAGCUCAAAGGAAUUUGCACUAAUAUGUGGAGUAGUGGCUGCUUGCUACUGGAACAGUCUAUUUUGUGGAUUUGUUUUUGAUGAUGUUUCCGCCAUUUUGGACAAUAAAGAUUUGCAUCCUUCAACUCCAAUUAAGAAUCUUUUUUUGAAUGACUUCUGGGGAACACCCAUGUCUGAGGAGAGAAGUCAUAAGUCAUAUCGACCCUUCACUGUCUUCACAUUUCGUUUGAACUAUCUUUUCAGUGAAUUAAAUGCUAUUUCUUACCACUUCCUGAACGUCAUCUUCCAUGCAAUUGUUUGUAUCAUCUUCCUCAAAGUCUGUAAGCUUUUCUUAGACAAUAAAAGCAGUUUGGUUGCAUCUUUACUAUUUGCAGUGCAUCCCAUACAUACUGAAGCAGUAACUGGUGUGGUGGGCAGAGCAGAACUUCUCUCCUCAAUUUUUUUUCUAGCUGCUUUUCUGUCCUAUACCAGAUCCAGAGGGCCUGAAAACACUAUAGUGUGGACUCCUAUUGCAGCAACAGUUUUUUUAGUGGCUGUUGCUACAUUAUGUAAGGAACAAGGAGUAACGGUGGUGGGGAUAUGCUGUGUCUAUGAAGUAUUUAUUGCUCAAGGGUAUACUGUGCCAAUUCUUUGGUAUACAGCGUUACACAUUCUUCGAGGCAAAGGCAGCAUUCCCUACUGUAUGCUUCAAAUGUUAUUGAAACUAAUUGUUCUGAUGUUCAGUACCCUACUACUUGUUGUCAUCAGAGUUCAAGUUAUUCAAUCCCAGUUACCGGUGUUUACAAGGUUUGAUAACCCAGCUGCUGUGAGUCCAUCUCCUGUGAGGCAGUUGACUUUCAAUUACCUUCUUCCAGUAAAUGCUUGGCUGCUUCUAAAUCCUUCUGAAUUGUGUUGUGACUGGACAAUGGGCACCAUCCCAUUGAUAGAAUCUGUGCUAGAUGUAAGAAAUGUUGCCACUGUCACCUUCUUCUGCUUUUUGGGCACUUUGGUGGUCUUCAGUCUCCGGUAUCCUGGGGAUUCCUCCAAGACUGUAUUAAUGUACCCUGAGAAAGCUAUCAUGGAUUUGUUUGUCUUUGGUUUUGUUCAGUCAUGCUUUAAAAACAUUGCAGAGGAACUGGGAUUGGGAAUCAGAAUAUACAUUAUUUAUGUCUGCUUUAAAGGUAAAUAAGAACAAUGCCAAACUCUGGAAUAAUGUGGGUCAUGCUUUAGAAAAUGAAAAGAACUUUGAAAGAGCAUUGAAUUUCUUCAUACAGGCCACCCAAGUGCAGCCAGAUGAUAUUGGCGCCCAUAUGAAUGUAGGAAGAACUUACAAAAAUUUAAACAGAACCAGAGAAGCAGAAGAAUCCUAUUUAGUUGCAAAAUCAUUGAUGCCACAGAUUAUUCCAGGUAAAAAAUAUGCUGCGCGUGUCGCUCCUAACCAUCUGAAUGUUUACAUAAACCUUGCAAACCUGAUUCGGACAAAUGAGUCUCGUCUUGAAGAAGCAGACCAAUUGUAUCGUCAAGCCAUUAGCAUGAGGCCAGAUUUCAAACAGGCCUACAUUAGCAGGGGUGAACUACUUCUGAAGAUGAAUAAACCCCUGCAAGCUAAAGAAGCUUACCUAAGGGCUCUUGAAUUGGAUCGAAGCAAUGCAGACCUAUGGUACAACUUGGCAAUUGUUUAUAUUGAACUGAAAGAUCCCUCUGAAGCUUUGAAAAACUUCAAUCAAGCAUUAGAACUGAAUCCUAGUCACAAACUAGCCUUGUUCAAUUCUGCACUAUUGAUGCAAGAAUCUGGUGAGGCCAGCCUUAGGCCUGAAGCUAAAAAGAGACUUCUAAGUUAUAUAAAAGAAGAAUCGCAAGAUGCUAAUGGUUAUUUUAACUUAGGCAUGCUUGCAAUGGAUGAUAAAAAAGAUGAUGAAGCUGAGAUGUGGAUGAAAAAAGCCAUAAAACUACUUCCAGGCUUCCGCAGUGCUUUGUUCAACUUGGCCUUGCUUUACUCUCAGACUGCAAAAGAGCUGAAAGCUUUACCCGUGCUGGAGGAAUUGCUGAGGUACUACCCAGAUCAUACCAAAGGUUUGAUUUUGAAGGGAGACAUUUUGAUGAACCAGAAGAAAGAUAUACAGGGAGCAAAACAAUGUUUUGAGAAAAUUCUGAAAAUGGACCCAAACAAUGUACAAGGAAAACACAACCUCUGUGUGGUUUACUUUGAAGAACGAGACUUACUAAAGGCAGAAAAAUGCUUAGUGGAAACACUGGCCUUAGCCCCACAUGAGGAAUACAUUCAACGCCAUUUAAGCAUUGUUCGAAGUAAAAUUGGUUCCCUCAGACCAGGGGAGGCAAGUGUGACUCAUACGGAAAAAGUAACAUCUAUGGAAGAAAAAAAAACUCCGUCUGAACACUUGAAAGAAGUAAAAAAUGAGCAAAAAAACCCUCAGACUACAAACUCUAAUGGCAGCAAGGAGCAGAGGAAAUCCAAAAAACAUGGAAAUAAAAACUCUACAGACAAAGAGACAAAAAAGAAAUCAACAAAGGAAAUAAAAGAGAUAGAAAAAAAAAGAGUUGCUGCACUGAAAAGACUGGAAGAGAUUGAACGUAUAUUAAAUGGUGACUAAUUACUUGGAGCACCACUGUAAGGGAAACUGGCAUCUAUUUUGCAGAUUUUACAUGUGCGUUGCAUGUGUUUUCAAAGUGAUCACAGGGUGCUUUUGAAUUUGGAAAGUAUAUUGAAAUGUUAACUAAAAUUGAAGAAGCUGCAAAAUGAAUAGGAAAAGCCAUGACUUUUAAUCAAGGAUGCUUGGUUAAGGAGUUGCACAUAACUAACAUACAAGGACUUUUCCAGCAAUGGAAGCUAUGUUCUAAUAUUGCUGAUUAGAAGAAUAGCUUAUUACUCCAGAAACAAAUCUCACUAAACUCCUUAUUUGAAAGCAAGCAUGUUAGAGCUUGGCUGCAAAAUACUUGCAACCAACUAUGCUCAGUUCUUUCUGUUCUCAAAGAACGGUUAAAAUACUGAUAGAUAGAUAAAUAUUAAAGAGAGCCUCAGGUAUGUUGGUCACCAGACUAAUUUUACUAGAGAAAUCCAUUGAUCUGAGUAUUUAAGCAUUACAAAUUAAUUUGUAUGACUAUGAUUUUACUUCACACGUCAAUUUUUUUUCUAUGUAAAUGUAUGUGGCACAUUCCCAUUUUGUCUUCCUGCUUUCCUAUAAGUAUUAAUGUUCCAGAAUGCAUUGGGAAUUAAUUAGCAAAUACCACUUGUGUUUUUGUAUGUGCAUGCAUGCAUUUGAUGUUUUUUUUUAAAAACUUUAAUAAAUCACUCUAUAAGUACAGUGAUUUUCUCUUAUCAUGGGGACAAGCAGGAAUAGUCAUACUCAAAAGAUAUCCCUAUCAAAAAGCUUUCUCCUGUUGUUGUUGGGUUUUUUGGUGUUUUUUUUUUGUUAUCAUCACCAUCCUGUGAUGCUUCUAAUAUAGGGAAAAUGUAACUGUUUCUGAACUGUCAUCUAGUUUUUAAGAAAUCAAUGCAAAACUUAUGGAAUCAUUUCUAAGGCGGUGGAUUUUUUUUAACCUCUUUUAAGGUUGAAUACAACAUCUCACAAUAUAAACCAGGUAACUUUUUAAGCUCUUCAAUGAUUAAAUUGCCUUCCUGUGAUAAUGCAUUAUAAGGAAUGGCAAACCAUUCAGUUUUAUUUGCAAUUAUAGUAUCGUGUUUCCCUGAAAAUAAGACCUCCCCAGAUAAUAACCCAAUCAGGCUUUGAGUGCAUGCGAACUUCCGCCCCUCUCUUGAUCAGCUGGUCUGUGGAAUGAGGUUAAGGGGCCUCCUGCACCUCAAAAAUAAUAAGACCUCCCUGAAAAUAAGACCAAGGGCUUAUUUCAGGGGUCAAAAGAAAAUAAGACGCUGUUUUAUUUUCAGGGAAACACAGUAAUUAUGUUUUAAUAUGGAAAAUGUAGACCUGUACUACAUAAUAUCAAUCACCAACUGCUUAGGUGACUUCUAUGGAGACUGAGGUUGAAAAGAAAGAACAGAAUGUUUCAGCUCCUUGGCAAAAUGCAGGAUAUAUCUUAAAUUAAUAAAAUCCUUUGCAACAAAAAAACCAUGUUUGACAUGGUCCCAGGAUCUUAAGGUACACCUGCAAAAGACUCCUGGGGAAAAAGUUUUAUUCAUGGUAUGAGAAAGCUAAAGAACUGAUCUGACAUGGUAUAAGACAACUUCUUAUGUUCCUGCUUGGAGAAACAAAACAGGUAUACAAACAAAAUUAAAAUAAGAUAGGGUGAAAAAAAUGUCUCUUGGCUAAUAAGGAAUUUCUUACAAUUAGAAUUGUAGGGACUGAGUCAAUAACAUAUGGCAACUCCAAAGAAAGCCUUGAGGUAAAUAAGUCUUUAGAUGUCUCAGCAAGCUACUAGCUGGAGGUGUACUUCCCCUCCCCCAUCAUCAUGUUAUACAUGAUAGAUUGUCAUGUGACAAUCAUACUUGUGACUUACACAAAGAUUACUUAUUGCAUUAAACCUUUGUUCAGAAUUUGUUUUCAGCUUGAAAGUUUCUGGUAUAAUUCCAAAAAUGAUUUUCUGUUUUCAUUGAGGAAAUUUGGGCAUUACAAUUAAAUGCUUGUUUUGCUAAAUUUCCUAUGAUUUUCAUUAACAGCUUUAUUAGGAUAAGAUAACUAAAUCUCUUAUGUGAAACUUGAACUCGUCAUUUUUAUAUCUGUGGUUAUAUAUUCUUCCUCAGUUUGUCUCUGGAUUACCCAAGAGAGUAUUAGUUUUUAGUUUUUUUAAUCUUUUUUUUUUUCAAAUAUGUUAACUCCAUGGAUGUUGAAGAAAUGUUUACAUGAGCAAACUUACUGAAUUCUUUAUUAUUUUGUCCCUUACUUCAUAACAUGUCUUAGCAUAGGUUGUGGUUAGUAUGAACUCCAAAACAAUCAGAAUUGUUACUUUAAAAUAAAAAAUGUGUCACAAGCUCAGGAAAUCCUAGUAGUUUCUACAAGACAAAGUUUUCAGUUUUUUAUUAAAAUAUUGAAUGAAAGGAGCCACACAGGCUAACCAAAAUAUGCCUUUGUGUUCUAGUACAGUAAAGCACUUUUAUGCACAUACUGGUAGGUGCUUAAAUACAAAGCGAGAGUAUCAGCAGUUACUCUGAUGGCACAGCAUCUCACUGAGGUGAAUUGUGAAAUAUAUGCCAGUCAGAUGUUGACAUAUAUAGCACUGUCAUCUUGACUGUUGUCUUGGUUUCAUCCAUAGAAAACCUGACAUUACCCAUAAGCAACACUCUGAACAUCGUCCAGUUUCUCUGCCUAAUUGCCGCCGGUUGGCUUCAUCCCAUGUUAUUCCACAGAUUUUGUUCUGGGGGGAGGGAUGUGCAGAAGAGACCAUAGUGGGGAAGGAAAAUCUUACUGUGCAUGUGGACUGCUACCCAGUCUUGAGAUAAUUGUAUAUGUUUAAACAUAAAUUGAAUGUCUGUGAAAUAAUAAACAGUGGCUUGGUAUGUGCAUAA